AUGAAAAGAAUAGUAGAUAGCAGGAAGAACGCACAUGGACGAGUAACCAGACUCCAGUCUAGGCAAGAAGAUGCGAAUCGUAAUCAAAACACUGGUGGAACCGAAGAUAGCAACAGGGAUCCGCAGAAUACACAACAAACCGGAACAACCGAAACAGUUAUCCUGGAACUGAUCGACACCGACAAGAAUGGACCGAACCAUCCAUGCCAGAUGGGAAAGCUCCUUAGAGGAAAAGGAUUCAGCGCCUAUACAGACAUCGUCAAAAUAGGGAAGUUCAGGUUUAAAAUCGUCACAAACGAAAUCUCUCGGCUGCGGAAACUAAAACUAGAAACCGACAACCUCAGGAUAUACGAACCCAAGAACAACAACCAAACCAUAGUGUUCGUGAAAGGAGUACCGGAAAGCUUCGACGAGGACGAGAUGGUGGAAAACAUAGAAACGGAUUUUCCGGUUCUAAAGGUCCAGAGAAUUCGACGAAUGGGAAGAAAUAACGAGUUACAAGACACAUCCAACAUUAAGGUUACGGUAGAAGGCGGCCAAGUUCCAGAUAAGGUUAGGAUCUACGGUUGCUACUUUAGGGCAGAGCUUUACAUUUUUCCAGUUCGACAGUGCAAAAAUUGUUGGAGAUACGGUCAUGGGGCAAAACAUUGUACCUCGAGGACGCGCUGUGCUUCUUGCGGUGGAUGUCACGAUGUUUCAGUCUGCAGUAAAGACACCAAAAGCCCAAACUGCAAAAGAGGACACAAAGCGGAUGACCCAGGAUGUCCAGAAAGACAGCGGCACAAAAGCAUUCGACUAGCCAUGAGAGAAAGCAAAUCCCUUUCAAACAAGCGGAGGCCUACUACCCCAGACUGGAAAACCGAUUCAGCAUGCUGA